AUGGAACGCUCACCGACACCACUGACAUCAGAGGAGCAUAUGAACCAGUUUCGGUUCCGUGACAAGAUGACACUUCUAAACUCGGAAUUUCUUUCAGUUUUGCAACAUUUUUUCAAGGAAAAAAGUCAUUAUGAUUUUUCUAGCACAAUGACAUCGUAUAUGGAGCACGUGAAGAAGCUGAAAGUGCUAUACAAGCUGGAAGUGGAAGACACCAAUGUUUCGCAAAGAACGGAAGAAAAAAGAUCGUCGAGUAAAAAAUCAUCCGAAGUGCAAGAAAAGCCACGAUCGUCACAAAGGAAGAUUGCAAAAGCUGUUAGAAAGAAUAAGCACCUCGAAAAUUGCGGUAAUAAUUUAUCGGCAACACCGGCACCAGCUGGAACUGCCUCGAAGAUAUUUUCGUCAUCACCGGCUAUUAAAGCUACUCCAGCAUUCCCUAAAUUCGGUGAUAUAUCUGCCAUCAGUAAGGAAACUCCGCCGCCAAUUAAGGACAAGGCUCCAGAAGUUCCAGCUCCAACUACUGCUCGAAAACGCGCAAUUCGUGGCGGUGGACCACUUGGUGGCUCGGAAUCGGUGAUCUUCAAGGGCGGCAAUGAUGGAAAAUCAAGUGAAAAUACAGCGAUGUCGAUUCCAGUUCCAACAAUCAAAUUGCCGGCGCCGAGCAAAGAUUUCUGGUCGAAAAAAUCGGAUAAACCUGAAAACAACGGCGGCAGCCUAUUCGGUUUUCUGGGAAAAACCGAAACCCCGCCCUUUACUGGAUUUUCAUUUGGGAACAAGAAUACUGAGCAAGAAAAGGAUGAAGAGAAGAAGGAGAACCCACCACCAAAGCAAUUCGUUGCUUCCCCAACUAAUGAAAAGAGCUCAACAAGUUCACCAUUAUCCUUUGGAGCAAAGACGUCUGAAAAUAAAGAUGAGGGACAGCCGAAAUCAUCAUUAUUCACUUUUGGAUCGAAACCUUCAGAAUCGGUUGAUGGAGGUUCGAAAAAAGCCCUCUUCACCUUCUCCGGACAAGACGUUCAGAAAAACGAUAAUAAUGGAUCUAAACCGACACUUUCAUUCCCAUCAUUUGGUUCAUUGAAAAAGCCAGACGAAGAAAAAAAGGAUAAUGAAAACUCAAAAUCGACCACGUUAUCGUUUCCGAAAAUCGAAGAAAAGAAAGAUUACGCUUCGACCUCAUCAACAAAACCGUCGUUGUUCUCAUUCGGAUCCUCCUCAUCUAACUCAUUAUUCGGAAAAUCAGCACCUGCCGCUUCGAACGGACUCAGUUUUGGAUCGGGUGGAUCGCUUUUCAGCAAUCUUGCCCAGAAAGCUGAAGAGAACGCCGCCAAGAAGGAGGGUGAAGAUGAUGGUGAGGAAGAGGCUGAAUACGUACCGCCAAAAGCUGAAGUUACUGAGAUCGCCGAGCCCGAUGCUAUUUUGAGUACAAAAGUAUCGGUAUUCAAAUUCUCCGGGAAAGAAUAUUCGAAACUUGGUGUUGGAAUGCUCUAUAUAAAAAAAGUCGGCGAUAAACAUUCCGUAUUAAUUCGCGCCGCGACAACUACAGGAACGGUUUGGCUUAAUUGUUUGUGUAAUCCGGCGAUGAAAGCGACGAAGGUUGACGAUCCCAAAAAGGACAAACUCAGGCUCACGUGCCCCGCAACACCAUCAGAAAUGGUAACGAUGCUUCUUCGUUUCGGGACCCCUGAAAACGCCGACAUGUAUUUUGAAAAGAUCUCGGAAAUUACGAAAUAA